GUGACUCCUCAUCCUCUCCUUCUCUCCACCCAUCCAUUUCUCCCUUUCGCUCCUUGAUCCCUCCUUCUUUCCAACCCAAACGUUUAGGUUCAAACACAUUUCCCUGUACGCAUUUCAACCUCUUCCACACUCAUUCCUGUCCUGUCCCUCCCUCUACGAUCUGUUUCUCCCCCUCUCCCAGUCUCACGCAUGUAUGGUACUAUGGCGGUACCCUCCGACACUAGCCCUGUAUACGUGGCGCUGCGUUUUGUACUGUUACACUCAUUGCUUUCACUAGUAGCAUCUGCAACAAGCGGGGUCUCCACAGGAUCUGUGUCUGGACGUUUACCCCCUUAUGAUGCCCUGUAUUACUUGGGUGUCCGGGAAUAUUUUGCGGAGGACUGGGAGAAGGCGGCGGAGCUAAUCGAGAAAUCAAUCGAAACUCGGGAAACUAUACUUCUGAGGCGCAGAGAAUGCCAGGACAACUGUGUUGCAGCGGGGCAUGACAGGCUCGAAAAACUAGACACAGAGAAGGGCAGCGUGUGGGACUUGUGGGCCAUUGACUGGGUCCAGCGCAGAGCAGAAUGCAUCCGGUUCUGUUUGGGUCAGACCAUCAGUCCAGUGGCCCAGCUUCCCGUCUCUGCAGACAUCCACUAUGAAUUCGACACCCGCAACCCCUACAACUUUUUACAGGUCACCUACUACAAGCUAGGGAAGAUACCGAAUGCAGUGGCGGCAGCGCAGACCUUCUUCGUGGCCAACCCCAGUCACCUGGAGAUGAGGAACAACAUAGAGAAGUACAGACGAAUGCCAGGAGUGACAGAGGAGGCCUUCCAGGACAGAGAGAAGGAUGGACACAAACAAUGGUACCUCUACGACGCGGCUCUCCUCGCGGAGUCCUCGGCCGAGUGGGCGCGCGCCGCGGAGGUGUGGAAGAAGUGCGUGAACGAGACGCUGCGACAGACGGAGGAGUGCCGGGCGCAGUGCGAGCUGGAGGGGCAGGGGAUCCCCGACGAGGAAACCGCGAAGACGACGGGAGUGUUCGAGAAGGCUGCGGCUCUCUCUCUCAACCUGUUGUCCUGUAAGCAGUCCUGUGUGGCCAUCGUGGCAACACGACCUGGAAGGAUUUCUCCAGUGGAGGACUUCCUGCCCACAGUGCUGGAGCACUUGCACAUUGCACAGUUCAAAGCGGGCGACCUGAGGGGGGCAGUGCAGACCCUUCGCUCCCUCCUCCUCUUCUACCCCUCGGAUUCCGACUCCCUCUCAAACCUGCAGCUCUACUUUGAGACACUGGGUGGCGACGCUGAGGCCCCAGGGACACAGCCCACACAGGAAAUAUCAACCUAUGUUAACAGGUCCCUGCUGGAAAAGAAGCUUCUGUAUUUUGGAGUUGAGAAUCUGAACUUCACCUUCACUGACCCAGACCUGUGGACCCCAGAGGAAGUUGUGCCGGAGUCAAUAAGAGAAGCAUGGAGAGUGGAGAGGGAAAAACUGAAUGAAAAAAUGAAGGAAGGAGAGAAGGAGGUGGAGCUGGAUGAUAGCGGGUUCUAUGCAGGGGGCAGUGUUCCUCUCAUUGGAGUGACAAUCACCAUGGACGACAACAUGCUGAAUGGGACUAAUCGUGUUGUACUGGACGGUGCUUUGUCUCAGCCCGAGUGUGACACAAUACUACAGCUGGCUACCACUGCUGCAUCUUUAGGCGAUGGUUACCGGGGGCGACGGUCCCCGCACACGCCACACGAAAAAUUUGAGGGCCUGACCGUCCUGAGAGCGUUGAAGUUGGCUCAGGAUGGCCUCGUCAACCAGUCAGACGCCAGGCUGCUUCAUGAGAUCGGGGAGAGGGUCCGGACCCUCCUCCACUCGUACUUCCGCAGCCCAUCCGCACUCUACUUCUCCUUCACCCACCUGGUGUGCCGAUCUGCCAUUACAGGGAAGCAGGAGGGGAGGCUGGACCUUUCCCACCCUGUGCAUGUGGACAACUGCCUGCUGGAGCCCGAGACCAGGCAGUGCUGGAGAGAGCCUCCUGCUUUCACCCACAGAGACCUCAGUGCUGUACUCUACCUGAAUGAUGACUUUGAAGGCGGGGAUUUGUUCUUCACGGACAGGGAUGCAAAGACCGUGACGGCUACGGUGAAGCCAAAAUGCGGGCGGGUCGUGGGGUUCUCCUCUGGGCCUGUCAAUCCCCACGGGGUUACCGCGGUGACCGCUGGCCGGAGGUGCGCCCUGGCUCUCUGGUUCACCAAAGAGAAGCUGCACAGAGACAUGGAGCGGGAGGAAGCGGAGGCGGCGUGGACGAAAGACGGCCUGAGCGUGACCAAAGAGGAGGAGAAAGGCGCCCCCGCGCCUCCUCGCUCGGGACGAAAUCAGAACUCAAGGGAGAGGAGCAAAGCGAGGGGCAGGGUGGUGGGGGCACGGGACGAGUUGUGAGGGGGGGCGAGGGCGAGAGCUAGAACUGCAGUUUUGAAACAGGACACGCAUUCAGACGGCUCGCUUCCAUUUGAGCUGUACCCAUCUCUUAGCCGUCACUUCUGUCAAUCAGCCCAGCACCCCCUCAUUUCAGUAACAGUGACUGUUUUUGAGUCAGAAUGACUACACCUGUUCUCAUUGGUCCUUUCACCCUGGUGAGUAAGUCUUUGUGAGGUUGAAUGAUGUAAUGUCUGUUUAUUUGUAAAAAAAAAUAAAAAUAAAAAAAA